AUGCCCCCUCCCACCAUCGACCAAGCCGCCGUGCACGGCUUCCACAACGGCGCCCUAUACGAUGCCCACCGGCCCUCGUAUCCUCCCGACGCCGUCGAGGCGCUCCUGAGCGAGCUCGGCGUCGCGGGAAAGCGGGGUGCCAAGAUCAUCGAGGUCGCGGCGGGCACGGGUAAGUUUACGGUGCCGCUGGCGGCGAGGGGAGAAGGGUUUGAGAUCAAGGCUGUUGAGCCGCUGGCGAGUAUGAGGGAUCAGUUGGCGGCGAAGAAGUUGGAGGGCGUGGAGGUUUUGGAGGGGUCGGCGAAUGCGGUGCCGGUUGGGGAUGGGUGGGGGGAUGCUUGUAUCGUCGCUCAGCCGGGAGCAUCCCUCGGUGUUGUCUGGAACAUUGAAGAUUACAACAAACCCGCCUCCUGGAAGGCAUCCACGCCUUGGGAGCAGAAGCUCAACGAGCUCAUCUUCUCCCUCAAGCUCGACGGCCAACCGCGAUUCCGAGAAGAGCGUUGGAAGGACGUCUUUCUGGACAAGACCGGUGACAGCGGAAAGAUCCACGAGCUAUUCGUCACGCCCAUUGGCGAGAACAUAUUUCGCUGGACCGUCUGGCUGACCGACGAGGCGCUGUUGCUGAGGCUUCGGACGCUGAGCCAGGUCUCCAUUCUUGAGGGGGAGGACGCCGACAAGUUCACACAAACGUUUUGGGAUAUCCUAAAGUCUCCCGAGGUAGAGAGGAAUGAGCAAGGCCAGGUUCACUUGCAUGGGGCGACUGUUAUUGCUUGGGCGAAGAGAGUCGACUAA